AGAAAGCAUAAAACGAAGACAAUGAAUGGGUUGGUUGCUUUGUAAUAAGGAUAUGUAUUUUAAUUCCAUUGUUGCUUGCACAAUUUUAUCGUAAUAUACUCUUAUUACUCGACCUCUUGCUUCUAUUUAUCUUUCUCUCUAUUCUUCAAUCUUCGUCAACUAAGAUUCUUGUGUUGUAGAAGGUGUUUUUAGCCAAAUCAUUUGGUUUUUGCCAAUCUGGUCUGUAGUGAAACUUGAUUCCAUCUGAAGAUGGGUGAUCAUUUUACACUAUUGGUGAAUCGGUUGCUUACGGAAUCAACUAUACAUGCGGCGAUUGCGAAUGGAAACCGGAUUAUAAAUCAGGUAGAAGAAGAAGAAGGCAAGGAUGUUGAGUUGUUUAUACCAAAAGAUGAUGGUAAUGGAGAUUUAUCAUCACCAAGGAAGUUAGUAGAGUGCAGAAUAUGCCAGGAUGAGGAUUUUGAUUCUAAUAUGGAGACUCCUUGUUCUUGUUGUGGCAGCUUGAAGUAUGCUCAUCGCAGAUGUGUACAAAGGUGGUGCAAUGAAAAAGGCAAUAUCAUUUGUGAAAUAUGCCACCAGGUAUUUGGACCAGGCUAUUCAGCACCCCCACCUCUACUCCGAUAUGGGCGCAUUCCUCUAAACUUUAGGAGAACUUGGCAAAUAAACAGAAGAGAGCUAGCAGAGUCACAGUUAACACAAGAAGUUUCCUCCGAUCAUCUAUUUGACACCGACUUAGAAGAGCCUUCUUCUAGAAGUUUCAUAUGCCGUUUUACAGUAACAGUGAUUUUUAUUGGGCUACUGAUUUUACGGCAUACUCUGCCUAUCAUGGUUGGUGGUGCCAACGAGUUCGUUCUUCCCCUAUUCAUGCUGGCAGCAUUGCGAAUAGUAGGAAUUUUACUGCUUGUGUACGUCACCAUGAUGGCAGUAACUGGAAUUAGACGACAAAGGAACCAAGAUGAAACUCAUAGUACAAGUAUAUCCGAGCCUUCAUCUGAUGAAGAAGACGAUGAAAACCAAGAUCCACAAAAUCCUUCUCAUGUGAUCCAAAUAUCGUGAUUAUUUAAGCCUACCGAGUACAAUGAUGAGAUUUGAGCGAUUUAAGGUAAAAAGCCCGAUAUAUGGAAAAGGGAACAUUGUGUAUAUAAAGAUAUGUAGUUGAAAUUAAGGUUAAAAGUAUGGCCAUAGAAAUACAGGUAUAAAAGACUGAUGCUCCCACCUAAUAUGGUUGAGGUGAUGUCUGGAGGAAUUUUCAUUUUUCAUUUUUCCUUGAUGUUUUAUUUGUUUUCUGGAAAUGUUAUUUAUAGGUUUUACAAACUUUUCAUCUGUUUGUACAGUUAGAAAUGAAAAGAAAUGUAAAUAUUGAUUGCCUGUCCCGCUCUUUUCAUCUUGCUUUUUUUCUUCACACGGAGCCAUGUAUGACGAUGAUCAGAAGACGCAUCAACCAGAUUAGCGGAAUCAAGAACUUUUGAGGAGCUCAGACGAAGAAGAGGUAGGUCGAAGAUGACAUGAAAAUAGCCUAUAAGGCUAUAACAAUAGAUAGAAAAUCGACAAAGUCAAAGUCAAAGUCAGCAACCCAAUAUCCCGCACAAGGUAGGGUCGGGGGGAAUAGGGUAGCGGACCCGUGCUCCCUUUGAAGAAUCGACAGAGAAGGAGAAUGUAAGUGUAGAUGUCUAUACUGUCGAGUCUUCUGCUGAGAACGCCAAUAGCAGGCCAGUGCACCAAAUGGACAGCUUGGAUUACCAUUAGCGAGUGCUGCACGGCUGCACCAAUAGGCACAUGAUAGUGUUUUCCCAUAGUAACUAGCCAAGAACUUGUAAACCUCAUCUUUGUCCCAGUUUCUCCAACUGUAUGCAUUGCCUUUUUAUCUCAAUGAGAGACGACAAGGACACAACUGCGUUGGAGGCUAGAUCAUCUUCGGCUAGUUGGGAUCUUCGAUCCCACGUGUAGUUUCUUGUUUUCUUGGCCGUUCAAUGACCUUAUUAUGCAACUUCCACAAACAAAGGGAAAAGUUGCGCGUGCUGUUGAAAGGACUAGAGACGCUGAAUGCCAUUUGCCUCUCCAUCUUCAAUCGUCACAGGAACGGAGUGCAAUAGGACUCAAAAUCCAGAAUGUGCAGAAGAUACAAGCCCUUUAUUAGUAAACUUCCCCAAACUUAAGGUACUGCACCUUUUGUUCCUGUAACAUAAUCUAUACUCAGUCCCCACAUUUGCGGUGAUGUUGCCAUGAUCCCAAUUCCCAAAUAUAGCAUACCCAAGUGUAGGUGAAGUACUAAAAAUCAUUUCUACCUUCAACGUAUUGUUGCCAUGAUUCGGUAUCUGGUUUUGCACACCCAUAUGAUUUCGUAUUCCAUCUCUUAAUAUGAUUUACGCAAUCAAUCACCCUCUUCAUUAUCACAUUUAUUUUGUUUACUUGUUUUUAUCGUAUCUCUGUCAACAAUCAACCAAAAAGUUAAUAUUUUUAUAAACGACAUUGUAAAAAAUCAGUAGUACAAAGAAGCAUAGAUGGAUCUAAUAGGUAGUCCAAGUAGACAAGUGACAACACUUAAACGUUAAAACUUUAUUAGUAUUGCUGUAAAGUGUAAAAAAAGAACUUGAUUUAAUUGGUUGGGUAGUUACCUUCCACCCAUGAUGUUAUGGAUCAAAGGAUCUUAGUUGGAAUUAAAAUGAUAAUUAAUGGACUAUUUGUUUAUUAGAAACAAAAUCCGUAUACCAAAAAGAAGCUUUUUACCUCGUUGCACAAUUGUUGCUCAUCGUCUGAUUUGUUCGAAUAAAGUUUGCAUUUAUUACUUCUGCUUUUUUCGAUAGUAUACAGAGAGAAGAAAGUCGAUGUGAGAUUUGAUCAGAGGAUCUUAAUUGGAAUUAAAAUACUUAUGUAAUUUAUUGUAUAUUUAUAUUUUUAUUUCGAUUAAAUAAAAAAUUUUGAAAAUGACAUAUUUAAAAAUUAAGUUUUAAGAAGAAUGAAAUAAAAUGUCUAUAUUAUUCUUUAUAUAUAAGUCGAAAUUGCAAAAAAAUAAAAUUAAAAAUAAAUAAUAA